UUUUGGAGCGUUUUUACGCAACGUUGUGCGCACCAAGGACGUCUGGCUGUAAGUGAAUGUUUCUCGUGUGUUGAGUGUAAAAGUUAAAGCCAGGUGAAUGUAUAGUAUGAUGAUGGAGACGGACUUGCAUUCCCCACCCCAAACAAACACGAGCGGGGGGCACACGGGGCAAAACGCAGGGGGCAAACUGGCCCAAGAGCGUGUCAAGCGCCCUAUGAACGCGUUUAUGGUAUGGUCUCGCGGUCAGCGGCGAAAAAUGGCUCAGGAGAACCCGAAAAUGCAUAACUCUGAAAUAAGCAAAAGACUCGGGGCUGAGUGGAAGGUGAUGUCCGAGGCAGAGAAGCGGCCCUUCAUAGAUGAGGCGAAGCGUUUGCGCGCCAUGCACAUGAAGGAACAUCCGGAUUACAAGUACCGGCCGCGCAGGAAGACCAAAACCUUACUGAAAAAGGACAAGUACUCGUUGGCCGGAGGUUUGCUCGGUGGCUCGGCUGGAAGCGGUGUGACACUGGGGAUGAGCGCGGUGCAGAGGUUAGAUAGCCCCGCGGGACACGGUGGCAGCACAGGCGCAGCGAGUUAUGCGCAUGUGAACGGCUGGGCGAACGGUGCGUAUACAGCAGCAGCGGCCGCGGCUAUGAUGCAGGAGGCGCAGCUGGCAUACGGUCAGCAUGCAAGCACUGGGGCAUCUCAUCAUCCUGGGCACCAUCCGCACCAUCACGCACACCAUCACCCGCACCACCAACACGCCAAUCCGCAGUCCGUGCACCGCUACGACAUGACCGCGCUCCAGUACAGUCCCAUGUCGAACUCUCCAAGCUACGCAUCACCGUCCACCUACAGCACCAUGCCGUACGCACAGCAUCAAAGCUCCGUGUCAGCUGUAGCAGUGGGAACACUGGGAUCUCUGGUUAAAUCCGAGCCGAGCUCAAGCCCACCAUUGAGCGGUGCAACCCGUGGUCCAUGCCCCGGAGAUCUGCGCGAGAUGAUCAGCAUGUAUUUACCAGGAGCGGAGGCUGGAGAUGCGGCUGUUCAGAGCAGACUGCACGCACUGCCGCAGCACUAUCAGAGUUCAGCCGCUAUUAACGGAACCGUCCCACUGACGCACAUUUAAAUAUCAAACUGAAAAGAAACCAAGAGCAGUAGCAGGUUUUCUUGUUGCGUUGGUAUAAGAUGAAUAAAUUUCUCAUUUGUUGCUCUUAUUUUUAUUAAAAGUGUACUCUCUUUUUGGUUGAAUC